AUGGCCGGCCCGGACGCGCAAAAACGCGCCAACCUGGUGGUCUCGAGAAUCAUCCCGCCCGUGUUACUCGGCAUCGUCGUCUACGCCAGCUACGCCAUCACAAAACCUUUAUGCAUUGAUUAUCUCCUUCAUCCGUUACCCUCCUAUAAUCGCACUCCUCGUGUCGGCGCAGGCGCUGCCAUCCUGGUUAUAUUUUACCUCCUCUUAAUCCUCCUCAUUGCGACAUACCUUCGCCUACUGUAUAAUGUCAUCGAAAACCCGGGUUUCCUUCCUCUUGGUGCGGAUCGCGUGCCGGUCGAGAAAGCGGAGGACUCGGAGAAGCCACAAAAGCAGCGGCGGCACCGGCGCUCAAGAAAGCCGCGCGAUGCGGAGAAGGUUGAUGCGCCUGUGGACUUAGAGCGAGGAAUUCACAACAAAGCUGGCGGGACAUCUUUUGAUUCAGAUUCAUUUGGCUUGGAGAGCUUCUAUACAAAGGAUGUAUUUGUUUGCCAGGAGGAUGGGCGGCCGCCUUAUUGCUCCGCUUGCUGCCAAUUCAAGGCCGACCGAUCGCACCACUGCCGUGAGCUUGAUCGUUGUGUUCGCAAGAUGGAUCACUUUUGUCCUUGGGUUGGCGGCGUGGUGUCGGAAACAUCCUUCAAAUUCUUCAUCCAAUUCGUCUUUUAUACAGCUACAUACUGUACCUUUGUCCUCAUAGUUUCUGCAUAUUUUACGGCUGAACUUAAACGCAAUGUGAGUGACUCUACGAUAAAUCCCAUCUUGAUCACCUUUACUGACUCCUACAAGACUGGCAGCGUCAACGCGCAGUGGUGCGUUUGUAUCGGGUUGAGUGGUCUUUUCGGUCUCUUUACCGCCGGAAUGACCUUGAGUUCCCUCCAACUUGCCGCACUCAAUCUCACAACCAUCGAGAAUCUUAGCCGUCGAUCCGUGGUAUGGACAUUGGCCAUCCGCGUCCCUGAACAUCUAUUGGCUCGACUUUUCACCAUGAAUUCGUCCUGGGCACCCACCUUUCGCAUGGUAACAUACCCUCUAGAAUCAUCUGCCCCAGCACAAGCACAAACAACCGAGCACGCCGUUGCCGAGCGUCACGUCUUUGCUAUCCUCCACACGCAACCUGGCGAGAACCCGUUCAGUCUCGACAGCCCCCUCAAGAACAUGCAAGAAGUGAUGGGCAACAAUAUCAUUGAUUGGUUUCUCCCGCUCAAACAUAGCCCGUGUGCCGACCAUAGCAGCCAAGAGAGCGCCUUCGCCCUAGGCCCGGUGGUUACACGAUUGAAGCAGGAGGCCGGGUUACUGCCUCCGCCCGAGGAUGGUCUCGAACGGCAGCAUUCUAUACAUAGUCGCAGAAGCAACAGACAUAGACCUUGA